AUGGUUAUGAACUUUGUCACCGUCAUCAGCAUGUAUUCGAAUAAGCACCCUGCAGCAACAAGAGCUGUGUCUUUCCCGCAGAGUCAUUUACGAACAGGAUUUCAACAAUAUUUGGCCGCAAAAUACUACCAAGUCGUCCAGGGGUACAUUCUAUCUAACGUGCACCAUCCGUGCACAGAGGACACGCUAAAGAGUGAAAAGGAGAAUUCCAGCGCCGCGUGCACUUUCCGAACAGAUGUAUUGAAUAUCCGCGAAUCUAGUACUCUGGCCGAGAGAGUGACUAAGCAACAACAAAAGGAACAAGAAAGAAUAAGUGAAAGUGUCCUGUAUUAUGUAUCCUCCCGCAUUGGAGCGGUUCAAUGA